GGGCGGGGCGGCGCGGGCGGGAGAGGCGGCGGGCGGCAGCCGGGGGGCCCCGCGCCAUGAGCAUCGAGACGCUGCUGGAGGCGGCCCGCUUCCUCGAGUGGCAGGCGCAGCAGCAGCAGCAGAGCGCACGUGAAGAAGAUGAGAAGCACGAGAAGCUCCGCCUGGAGCGUGAGCAGGAGCAGCGCAAGGCCAGUGUGCCGCGGGCCAACCAUGCCGUCCCUCCGGAGGAGCCACGGGCUGAGCUGCUGGUGCCCAUCUCGCCGCCCGCCCCGGCCCCUCAGCCACCCCCGCCGCUGGCGGCCCCCAUCUCCGUCAUCCCCAUCCCGGUGGUUACCAGCCCUCCGCAGCCCACCGCCCAGGCCGCCCUGUCCCCUCCGCUGGCUCAGCGCCACCCGCCCCUCGUGAGCACUCCCGGCAUCGCCAAGGAGCCGUCCUCUGUGGCCCCGGUCAUCCAGCGGCCGCCGGGUGCGCUGCUGCCGGACGGGAAGGCGGGCACGCCGCCAGCGGGCAGCCCGAAGCAGCUGCAGCACUACACGGCGCCCGUCCUGGCCAUCUCGCAGCACCACGUUGUCCCGCAGCCCAUCCAGCCCCAGCCCGUGCCGCACCCGGCACCGCCGCUCGGUGCCCUGAAGCUGGCGCCGGCAGAGGACGUGAAACCCAGCGAGCAGAAGAAGAGGCCGGGAGGGGUUGGGACCAGGGAAGUACAUAAUAAAUUGGAGAAAAACAGACGUGCACAUUUGAAAGAAUGCUUUGAGACAUUAAAACGCAACAUCCCCAACGUAGACGACAAGAAGACCUCAAACCUCAGCGUCCUAAGGAGUGCCUUGCGAUACAUCCAGACUUUAAAGAGAAAGGAAAAAGAAUAUGAGCAUGAGAUGGAGCGGCUGGCGAGGGAAAAGAUCGCUACCCAGCAGCGGCUGGCAGAACUGAAGAACGAGCUGAGCCAAUGGAUGGACAUCAUGGAGAUCGACAGAAUUGUUCGACAGACAGUUCAGCCAGAGGAUGACCAGGCAUCUACCUCCACAGCGUCAGAGGGUGAAGACAACAUGGAUGAAGACAUGGAAGAUGACAGGCCUGUAAACUCAUUACCAAAACUAGCCCAGCGCCAGCACCCAGAGCUCCUGAAAGCCGUCCCUUCAAACACUGCUUCCCAUCACCUGGCGGUUUUGCCUCAGCACCUGUCUAUCCAGCAGAAACAACCCCCAGCCCACGCACAGCCUUCCAUCCAGACACAAGCACUGGUUCAGCCGCAGGCGAUUGUCCCAGCACAGACUCACAUCGUGGCGGCUUCGACAGUGCAAUCGACUGUUAUUGCCCACACGGCCACUACCCACGCUUCGGUCAUUCAGACUGUCAACCACGUCAUUCAGGGUCCACAGACCAAGCACAUUGCUCACAUUGCACCUUCCACGUCCAGCCCUGUGCAACUUACCACUGCUGCUCAGCCUAUCGGCCACAUCACUGUGCACCCAGCCACCAUCAACCACAUGGCCCACCUCGGUCAGCAGCUGCCCAUCUACCCUCAGCCCAUGGCCGUCAGCCAGCCCGUGGUGAGCCACAUCGCUCACACGAUCUCUCACCAGCAAGUGAAUGGAACCACAAGUCUUGGCCAGCAAGCGGUGAUGGCCAAACCGGCCGUAGGAACCCAAGUUGUCCAUCACCCGCAGUUAGUUGGACAGACAGUCCUAAACCCAGUAACUAUGGUAACCAUGCCAUCAUUCCCAGUGAGCACACUGAAGCUGGCCUAG